GCUUGCGUUGCUUGCUAGGGUUGCUUGUGAGAGGGUGGUUCACAGUGGAGUGAAGGUGAUUUUGUGCUUUUUUCAGAACCGUUGGAACGUUCGUUACAAUUACAAUAGUGUUUUCUGUCCCGCGUUCUCUGCAGAGCCUGUAAUCCAUUCGCACACGAGUCACGACAUCACCAGCCUGUCUUCGUAAGCUUUCGAGUUCGAUUUAUGGAUGGCGGCGCCAUGACCUCGUCGCUCGGCCGGUCAUCGUCUCCCGUGCAAGUAUCCAGUCGUCACGCUCCUUCCGCGUUCAUUUCACGUGAUUCCAACUUUCCGAGCGCCUUACCCCUGGCUAGGGAGUCAGCCGAAAGCCGUCCGACCUCCCUUCACGGGAGCUACAUCACUCGGAUACACGCGGUAGUAGGUCGAACCCCCACACACGCGGUAGUAGGUCGAACCCCCACACACGCGAUAGCAGGUCGAGCUACCUCGCUGCAUCAGAAUUUGCCGUCCUCGUUAGAGCAACUCGCAGAAGCGCGACCUAGGAUCGAGCAGAACAAACCUGGGGAAGUCCGGCCCGUCGAUUUUGCAGAUCCGACGGCGCAGCUCGCUCCUGUAAAUACCAGAGGUGUUUUCGGGGACUCGAGGUCCUUCGUGUACAGGAAAGCCGACGCUAGUAACGGAAACCAGCCCACUAACGCGUACGCGUGUACUAUCGAGUUAGCUGCAGAAGAAGGCAUGGAGUACGAUAGGGAUUACGAUAGGCAGAGGGGAGGAGCGUUACGAUACUCGGAGCCCGCGUAUCGUGACCGCCUCGCCAACGCCUCGACGUCUCAAGCGCUCGUUUUAGCCGAGGAGUCCGCGUUUCCAUCGAGUUCCUAUAACGGUGGCGACUAUGAAGGGCGAAGCCGUCCCGUUAUAAGUCCAAACACGAGGUUCUCCCGUCACGUGGUCGAGACGCUGUCGCGUUCGGUCGAGGACGACGGGGAGGAAGGGGACGCGGACUGCACGCGGAGCGAAGCUCACCGGCCGGUGAAUGAUUGGGGGGGGUCAGGGGGCUCGGGGGAAGGGUUCGGGGGAGCACCCCCCCGGGAGCAGGAGGGGGAAGAGCAAGUGGGGUUGCAAGGGGGAUUGCAAGUGAACCGGGAUGUGGGGAGGUGGGGAGGGGACGAGAGGAAUGAAGCCGUGUUGCAACAGCGAUGGAGGGAGGAGCGCGCGCAGCGGGAGUGGGAUGAAGCGGACCGUACCCAGCAGCAAGGGCGAGCGUCUUCGCGGGAUGGGUCUCGGCAGUUUCGAGGAAGGAAUUGCGGCGCGGAGACUUUUGACGCGUCACGAAGUCAGGAGCUAAGCGCGGGUGUCGACGCGCGGGGAAACGACGGCAGGAGGCGGGGAAACCAGCGCCUGGGCGGGGAAGUCGCGUUAUCCGAUCGGUGCUACUCCGGCUCGGCUUCUAAAUCACCUGAGGCGUCUGGCCGGCAGCCGGUCCGCGGCCCUUCCGCCGGUUCUAACGGGUUCCGCGAGGGGGCAACGGGGGGAGGUUACACAGGGGCGGAUAGCGGCGCAAGGGACGCGGAAACUGGCGGGGGGAACUUCCCCGCGUUGCACGCUGGCGGGGAGCGGAGCAGGCGGAACUUGACGGCGGUGGACGGCGCAGUUCCGGUUUUCGCCGACGGGCAGCCGCAGAGAAACGGCGUGUGGAUCAACGGUCUCGGGAAAUCACGUUCGCCGCCUGUACUUCCGGACGAGAUGUGCGACGGUAGCGGGGUGGCGCUUAACGGGGACGAGGGCAGUCCGUUGGGCUCCGGGCACGAGGAGGGGUCCGGAAGAAAGGAUGCCGACGGAAGCAUGGCUAACGCGCUGGGCGCGGCCUUGGGACCUACGGGUCUCGAGAGGAGGACCGCGCCGUCUUACGGCUGCCCGAGAGGCGUGCUGGGGGCUCGGUCCUCCGUGUUCGGCUCCCUCCCCUCCUCCUCCGCCUUUGCCGCCCUCCCCUCCGAUAUUCCUUCCUCGUGCCCGCCCGCCGCCUUUGCGCCGUCUCGCGCUCGUCCCCCUGGGUGGGGGAACGGCGCGGGGUUGGAGGUUGCGGACGCUCGCGGGAUCUCUCCCGGGCGCGCGGGCGGGAGCGAGUGGGAGGAGGCGACUUUGCGGGGGGAGGAGGAGGAGAGGGCGGAAGCAGGGUUGCGGCGAGGGAGGGAGAAGGCGGCGGGAGGAGAGCGGGAACUGUUCGCCCGGCCGAGAGACAGAGAGCCGGCGGUUGGGAGGGGGAAUAUCGACCGGGAAGCAGCGGCGACAGCGACAGCAGGAGGAGGCAGAGGAAAGGUCGCUUUCGGAGAAGCAGCGUUUACGAAGUCCAGAAAUCGGAGUGCUGCUGCUUCUGGAGCGGCAGGGGAUGAGGGUGAGGCGAUGGGGUGUGAGGAGGGGUGGCACGGGGAAGGGUGGUCGUCCGAGCAGCAGUACCAGCAUCAGCGGCUGCGGCAGCAGGAGCAGCAGAAGCAUUUGUGGCGACAGCAGCAGCAGCAGCAGCAGCAGCAGCAGCAGCAGCAGCAGCAGCAACAGGAGAGAAUGACCCAGCAGAUGGGAGCUGCAUCGGGCGAGGAGGAUCGCUGGGGUAAAGGCAAGGCCCCGUGUAGUGGUAACCCUGUUACUGCGGGCGCGUCGAAUUCAGGCAUGGACGCGUAUACUGGGGAGAUGGACGGGAGGGAAGACCAGUGGGGGAAGCGGCCGUCGUCCGGAUCCCCGGAGUCGGAGGAGCUCGGCGCAAGGGGUAGGGGAAGAGCAAGGGAGAUGCGAGGUGCGGCGGCGGCGGCGGCGGCGGCGGCAGCAGCGGCAGGUAUGGGUCACAUGGCAGGGCUUUCUACCUGCUUGGAGGAUGAUGUGCCAGGAGUGGAUCGUAUGGGUAUGGGUGGGAUUGGCGAUAUGCGUGGCGCAGUCAGCAUGGGUGGUAUGGGUGGCAUGGGUCUUAGAGGUGGUAUGGAUGACAUGGGCCUUAGAGACGGCAUGGGCGGGAGGGAUGGGUCGGCAGCAGCAGCGGUGCGGGCGUUUGCAGGUACGCGAGACGGCAGUCGGGGGUGCUCUGGUGGAGACUUGAAUGCGGAUGGCGGCAGGGGCUGGGGGACGAGGAAUUCAAGUGAGUACGCUUUGAAGGAGGCGAGGAAGAGGAGCAGGUCGCCCGGUGGGAGGAGUGAGAGGAGCGGGUGGAGCGGUAGGAGUGGGAAGAGUGGGAGGAGUGGGAGGAGUGGGAGGGAGCGAGGGGCAGAGCAGAAGCAUAAUUUUGCGAAGAAGCGGAAGAAUGGAGAGAGCAGAAACAGCAGCGACCUCCAGCAGCAGCAGCAGCAGCAGCAGUUCCCACCCUGCACGCCUGAAACCAUGCAGGCGUUUAUGGCCUUCCAGGCGUUUAUGAGCCAGCAGCAGCAGCAGCAGCAAGCAGGGCAGCAGAGCUCGUUCACUGUCCCUCCCAUUUCCCCCGAAUCCGUACAGGCUUUUUUGGCCUUCCAAGCCUUCAUGAGCCAGCAGCAACAGCAGCAGCAGGAUGGGCAGCUCCGGCAACAGCAGCAGCAGCAGCAGCAGCAGCAGCAGCAGCAGCACAGGGAGUCGUUUAUACCUCCUCCACCCCCCCUGCAGCGUCAACGCCCCCCAAAGUCACCCGACCUCUCCACACAACGCACCACGUCAGCCUCUCGCUCCUCCGCCCCUCGCUCUCCCCUCCCCUCGUCCCUCCGCCACACCUCCCCCGCCCUCCGAAUAUCCUCCCCCGCCCCCCGCAUGCCCUCCCCCUCUCUCUCCCCCGCCCCCUCCCCCGCCCCUAGCAGCGCCUCCCCUUCCCCCCGCCCCCUUGCGCUUUUUGAGCGCAUCACGCACCGCCGCCAGUCUAGCCCUAGUAGCAUGCCCCCCCCUUCCGCGGGUAAUAGGCCUCGUAAGUUCCCUUCUCGCGCCACCCCUCCCACGCCUAAUUGUGGAAUUCUUCCUGAGGGCGAGGGUAGGGCUUCUAACGCGUAUGCUAGGGCAGGAGGGAAGGUUGGCUUUAGGGAGGAGGGGCAGGAUGAGGAGUGUGACUAUAGGGAGGAGAGUAGAGGGAGCGUGAGGGAGAGCGGAUGGGGAAUGGGUGGGAGGGGAGGGGAGGGGAAGGGGCAGGGGAUGAGGAGGGAGGAAGCGGAGGGUAGUGAGAGGGAGAGGGAGAGGGAGAGGGAGAGUGAGGAGGAGGCGCAGUUGAGAAUGCAGAGGCUGGAAGCGGAGAUCAGAGACGGUCAACAGCAGCAGCAGCUGUAUCUGCAGCAGCAGCAGGAGCAGAGGCAGCAGCAGACGCAGCAGCAACAGCAGGAGCAGCAGCAGAAGCAAGCGCAGCAGCAACAGUGGGCGUCUCCCCACUUGCGCACCCCAACGCCUCCUGCCAACCCUUUCUCCGCCAUGCAAGCUGCCGGCCCUGCCGCACUUCUCAACGCCAAUGCCCCUCCCUCCUUCCCGCCGUCCUUCCCUCACGCGCUCUCCCACACUCCAGCCGUUUCGGCCGUCUCUGCCAAUGCUGGCGCUCCAGGUGUUGCCGCUCUAGGUGCUGCCGCUCCGGGUAUUGGCGCUCUAGGUGCUGCCGCUGCAGGAGCCGCCACUCCUGGCGGUCAGCCACAGGGAUUCCCCUUUCCCAACCCUCUCCUGCAAAACCACUUCCUUCCGAACCAGCUCCUGCCGAACCAGAUUCUCCCGAUCCAGGUCCUACCAGGUUCGCAAGCGCCAGUGUCCAUGCCUCUGCCUCCGCCCACUCUCUCUAUCCCGCUCUUCCACCCGCUCUCGGGCCCAUCCAUUCACCUCAGGGCGCUAGCAGGGCUCCAGGCGGAAUCUCAGCAGAGCAACUCCGUCUCCCUCCCUGCUGGUGCUGCUGCCAUGGGGCUCGCAGGGCCCGCGGGGUGUUUGCUGCCUGGGGCGCUGGGUAUGGCUGGUUCUGGAGCGGGUUUUGUUGGAGCAGGUUUUUCUGGUGCCGGUUUUGCUGGGACAGCUGCAGGGAUGGUGUCUGGGGCAUUGGGGCUUGCGGGGUCGGGUGGUGGGCUAGUGAACGCACAGGCGCAGAUGUCGCCGCAAAUGGCGCUGCUGCAGAAGUACCAGCAGUACCAGCAGCAGCUGCUGCUGCAGCAGCAGGGGCAGGGGGGCCAGCAGGGGCAGGGGGGGCAGGGGCAGGGUGCAAGAGGUGGUGGGCAGGGGGGGAAUGGGGGCUCUGCCAAGUUGGGCGGUCGCGGGGAGGAGGAUGGCCGUUUGGAUGGAGGUAAGACGGGGGAAGAGGAGAGGGGAGUGAGUAGGGGCGAGAGGAGAGGAGGGGUUGAUGUGGCCGGGGGUGCUGAUGAUGGCAGAGGGAGUGAAGAGAGGGAAGAGGAGGAAGGGAAGGAGGAGGAGGAUGGAUGGACCAGGGACCUAUCGCCGAGCAGAGGCAGGAGUUGGGAGAGCGAGAGCGAGAGUGAGAGUGAUGGGGGGAGCUCUGUGAACAGAAUAUCACGUGGAGGGAGGAAGAAGGGGAGGAGCAGGACCAGGAGGAGAAGCAGGAGAAGGCGAAGGGAAGAAGAAGAGGAGGAGGAGGAUGAGGAGGAGGAGGAGGAUGAUGACGAUGAUGAGAACGAGGGGGACAGCAGGGAGGUCUCAGAGCGGGAGGAGGAGAAGCUAAGGAAGAAAGAAGCCGAGGUUCGGAGGCUCAUACAGGAAACCAGCGUGCUGCAGCAGAUGGCUCAGGUGCAGGUUCGGGCCCAAGCAGAGGCGCAGGUUCGGGCCCAGGCUAUGGCGCAGGCUCAGAUGCAGCAGGCUCGGGUGGUGCAGGCUCGGGUGCAGGCAGCCGCGGCAGCACAGGCGCAAAUGCUAGCUGCGUCCCAAGCCUCCCUGCUGGCCCAGGCUCGGGGGAUGGGUGCACCCAUGUGCAACUUGAUGGGGUUGGGGCAGCUGAACGGGCAGCUGAAUGGGCAGCUGAAUGGGUUGCAAGGAGCAUCCUUGGCAGGCGGGCUCAGUCCUCCUCCAAUGAGCUUCCAGGGCUCCUUGGGCUCGCUGCUCAGCCAGGCCAAUCCCUUCAAUGCGCAAUCUUUCAACGCCUCCGCUCUCAACCCUUCGGCUCUCAAUAUCUCAGCCCUAAACCCCGCAGCCCUGAACGCGUUAUCCUUCAACCCCGCUGCCACCCUCUCAGCUUUUAGUGGAUCGCCCCUCCGCUCCUCGUCCCCGUUCAACCCCUCUUCCCCCUUCAACCCCGCAACCAGUUCCCUGAAUGGCAAUCCCCCCACCAGCUCCCUGCUGGGCAACCCCCCCAGCAGCUCCCUGCUGGGCAACCCCCCCAGCAGUUCCCUCAACGGCAACCCCCUCAGCAGCAGCUGGUUGAACCGCAGCCCGCCAAUCAGCUCGCAGCAUCGCAGCGCUUCUCUGGACGGGAAUGCAGCCAGCGGGCCUGAGGCUUUUGAGGCGGCUCAGACCAGAGCCCCAAAUGGGCUCGGGGCGAGUGGGCCUCGAGCCUUUGAGGCGUCUCAAAAGCCGUGCUCUGACGGGAACACGGGCAGUGGCGCGCCUGCAACGGCCCCCCCUUCUGGAUUGGGUAGGGAUGCAGCAAGGACGAGGGGUACAGGAGAAGAGGAGUGCUCGGAUGAGGAGGGAGGGAGGAGAGCGGCUGGGAUACGGGAGGGGAUGUGUGGGAGGGGCGCAGGGCAGGAGAGGCGGCAGAUGAAGCAAGGGGAGGAGGACGCGCGGGAGGGGCGGCAGAGGGAGGAUGAGGUUAGGGAGGGAGAGCGAGAGGGCGGGGAAAGAGGAGGCGAGGGGUGUAGUGAGCAGGAGGGAGAUGGAGGAGAGGAGGGUGCGGCUGGUGCGGCAGGCAUGCAGCUGGUAGUGCACUCGGGGGAUAGGCUGCAGCUGGGCAGCAUGGCGCUCCGUUCUGGGGGUAGAUUCCUAUACUCAGAAGAAGGGGGUUUCCGUUCAGGGGGUAUGAGAGAGCAGGGUCAGGCGGAUUGGGAUACGGGGGAGGGGGAGAGGAGUCAAGGGGAAGGGGAGCAAGGGGAGCGGGCGGAUGGGGAAGGGGGUGUGGGGGAGAGGAGUGAAGGAGGAGAGGAUCAAACGCAGUACAGUCUGGGAAGCCUUGGGCGAUACCUGAGGGGGCAGCAGCGGGAGAACCAGCAGCAGCACCAGCAGCAGCGGCAGCAGCAGCAGCAGCCCCUUGGCUCUCCCACCCACCCACAUUUGAGAGCUCCUUCCAUGGGUCCUCCCCGUUCCUCCCCCUCCCCUUUUCCCCCACCCUCUCCUCCCCAAACCAAGCCUCGCACACCCCCAUCCUCACGCCCCCCCACCCCUCCUCCUGCCCCUUCUCAAUCCCCAGCCCCUCCUUCCAUCCCCAACGCUCUGUCCGUUCCUCCUUCCUCCCCUCAUGCCUCUCCUGCCCCGCGCCCUUCCCCCCCUCCCUCUCUCCGCAACCGAACUCCCACCCCGCCUCCUCCCCCUCUCCCCUCUCACCAUCAGAACACCCACCCCACCAACCGUCCUUCUCCCAACCUUUCACCCCCCAGCCUCCCUCUUCGCUCCCCCUCUCAUGGCCCUCUGGGCACGCCCCCUCGCCCGCCCUUCCCUGCUCAAGGUCGAUCCCUGGGUCCUAGCAACACUGAUCACACUGGUAACACUGGUAACACCGGUAACACCGGUAACACUGGUAACAACAAUCUGUGCAUAGAGCCCCCUUCGCCACCCUGCUCGUCCGACCCUCCAGUCUCCUCCACCCGAUCCACCCAUUCGGUUGGGAACGAGGAUGGUAGCUUCGGCUGGCACAGUGCCCCAGGCUCGGGCAUGCCAAACCAAGCCCCGAACCAGAAUCCGAAUCAGAGAGGGCAGGUGAACCAGCUGAGUCUGGACGCGUCCAGGAGCUCUGGGCACUCGGUUGGGACGAUCAAAGCAGCCUCGGUUUCAGGUUCGGGAAACCAAGGCCCGACGUUUGGUUCGGCUCCAGGCACGGGCCAAGCCUUGGCUGGCAGCCCUAGGGCUGGUUUGGGGCCGUCCGUGCCUCCUUGUUCUCCAAGAGUGCCGAGAGGGUUUGGGUCGCUUGUGCUUGGGAGCCUGGCAGGAGGGGGAGGGGGAGGAGCACAAGGAGGUGGGGUGGGGGUGGGAGUGGUAAAUAGGGCAGCAGCAGGAGCUGCUGCUGCUGCUGCUGCUGCUGCUGCUGCUGCUGCUGGUGUUGCUGCUGCAGGGGGUGGUGUAACAGGUGGUGGUGGUGCAGGUGUUACUGGAGCGUCUAAGAGGCAACGGUUCCCGCCUCCUCCUCUUCCCUCUCGCUCAUUCGCCUCAGCAGCCUCAUCUCCCCUCCCCAGCCCCACCCUCCCUGCCUCCGACUCCUCCCUACCUCCUUCCAAGCGCCCCCGAAACGGCCCCUCCUCCUCACCCACGCCACCCACAGGUGCUGGAAAUGCCCCCUUAGCUGCUGGGGUAACCAGCCCUGCCGUUGCUGCUGAGGCUGCUGCGGCUGUGGGGGCUGCUGCGACUCACCAUGUGGGGGGCGUUGCUCCAGCUGGUGCUGUGGGAGGAGAGCGCGUGGGUGCCAAGGGUGGUGAGACAAGCCAGGGGCACGAGAGGGCUGCUACUGCUGCCGAUGCCACUGCUGCAGCCGCAUCAGCUGCUGCUGCUGGUCCUAUUAACCCUGUUUCGGCCGCCAACCCAGCCACCCCCACCCCCAGCACGCCCAGCAGCGACAGCAGCAGGCGGCUGCUCCAGGAGUACCUGCCGAGGCGCUGGCAGCUUCUGUCUCAGCUCGGGGGGCGGCUGAGGCUGGUGGUUGACCGCGGCACGAAGCAGCGGCUGGUGGUGCAGCGCGUGCAUGUGGGGGGGAGGGGCGAUGGGGAGGGGGAGGGGGAGCGGGGGGGGAUGGCUGAGGGGCAGUCUGAGAGGGAGAGGCGGAUGCACCAGCGAGUUGCGACGCUUCUAAAGCUCAAGCACGAGAACAUAGUCCCCUGCGUGGGGGCCAUACGCACCACAGCCCCAUCCCCCCCCACCAACGCCGCCACCAGCAACAGCAUGCGAGGGGGCAGCAGCCACGCCAGCGGCAUCAACAGCAACACCACCACCACCACUACCAGCAGCGGCAUCCACCUGCUGUUCGCGGCCUUUGACUUUGUGCCCGUGCCGUCGCUGGCCCACCAGCUCACUGAUUGCGGCCCCAUGCCCGAGGAAACCCUCUCCUUCUGCCUGCGCCAGGUGGUGGAGGCACUAGCAGCCUUCCACGCGCUCGGCAUCCCCCAUGGCAACGUGCGCACCACCAGCGUCUUCGUGCCGGACGAUGGUGUUGUGAAGCUCGCCGGGACGAGCUUUCUGGACGGGGAGGCGCGGGAGGGGGUGGAGGGGGGAGGAGAGGGGAGGGAGGCAGGGAGUGGCGGCGGUGGGGCUGGUGAUGCGGGAGCGGGGCGGAGGGGAAGCAAAGUGCCGUGGUGCUCUCCUGAGGAGAUCCGAAAGGAGGCAGUGGGAGCGGCAGCAGACAUAUGGGCGGUGGGCUGUCUGGCAGUGCACAUGGCGACGGGAGCCCUGCCAUGGGCGCAUGUGGGGGAUGGAGAUCAGGUGCAGCUCUUCAUCGCUCACAGCAGGGUUCUCCCGGACCUUCCCCCGGACUCCUCCCCCCCAUUCGUCGAUUUUGUCGCAGCCUGUUUGGACCGUGAACCAUCUCGCCGCCCAACUGCAGCUCGGCUCGUCGAGCACCUUUUUCUAGCAGCAUGCUAGAUGUGUUAAUUUUUUUUUCCUGUGCAGUGCAGCAUAUUCCUCAGCUGCUGCUGCAACGCACAGUGUGUUUUGUGGUGCAUCUGUGCCUAAAUAUGUUCUUGAAGUCCUUUUAUGUUCUCCCAUACUUGGUACAUCUGGUGUGAUCCUGCAUC